AUGUGGGCCAGGCUCGCCCGGUCGCGCUACAUGUCCCCUCAUGCCUUUCAAUACGUCUGUGCAGCUAGUGGGAUUCUAUCUUCGAUCCUCUUUGGGCUAGGGUUUAUCGUGGCAAAUUUCUGGCCCCCUGUCAAGCCAUGGUGGACGGCAGAGCGAACCGCGUAUUUCUUUCAAGAACAUACGCACCGAGCUCGUAUCGGGGCAUCUCUGAUUGUGCUCUCUGGCCUGUUUUACAUGCCGUUCUGCGCUGCCAUCUCCAGCCAGAUGCGUCGUAUCCCAAACCUUCACUAUGUCGUGCAGCAACUCCAAUUAAGCGCCGCGGCUGCCGGACUCUGGACUUUCGUCCUGCCGGGCAUUAUGCUCGCAACGACGUCAUACCGCCCGGAUCGGGACCCAGGCAUCACCCAGUCCCUAAACGACCUCUUUUGGAUCUGCACCCUGAUGCCGUGGCAGACGUUCAUGGUGCAAAACUUCUGCUUCUCCUAUGCUAUCAUUAUUGACCAGCGGGAAAAGCCGUUGUUUCCCAAAGAGCUGGCUGUCUACAACCUUAUUGUCCCAUUCUUUUGGACAGGGUCCACCGGUAUCCAAUUCAGCAAAUACGGCGCUGGGGCCUUUAAUGGGGCUAUCACAUUUUGGGUCUUAGGCGUCACCUUCUGUCUGCAGCUUGUUGUUGACGCUAUUUUCUUGAUCCUUGCCAUCCAAUCGGAGCCAGCGGGUGGAGAACAAAUUGUUGAAAUGUUCCCUAACCGCAUUCAGAAGGAAUUGCUCGACCCUAUCAGAGAGCCCUCUGCAGUCAACUAA